CCCUUCCCCCGCCCUUCGCUCUCCGGCUCGCUCUUCCGCGCCGGCCGGGUGACAUGAGGAACCUGCGCGAGUGACGCGGCCCGGAGCAGGGCGCGCGCCGAGAGCCACUUUUGUUGGGGGCGCGCCGGCCCUCGACGCUCCUCCACAGGCGGCUCGCCCGGCGGGAAGGCAAAUCGGAGAUAUGUAGUGCUCCCUUUGGAUGCAAAUUUGUAAGGAAUGUGUUUUCCACAGAUCAGUACAUUUCUUCUACUGAGACAGAGUGCACUUGUAAAACAGCACCUAAAUGGCUGCACAGAAAAGAAAAUCUGUGCUCGUAGAACCUCCUGCUAAGCGGCGAAAACUGGAUAAAACAAGUAAACUGGUAGCAACCAGCAAAGAAAGAAAGCUGAUAGAUAUCAAACAUGUAUCAAAUAAAAGUGCAAAGCUGAGGAAAGACAUGCACAAAAUCUCUUCCAAAAGUAGAAGAUCAUCUGUCAGUAAGUCCAUAAAUAGGUCAUCUGUACCAUCCUCACAAAGUAAACAAUCACAGAAACGCUCCAAGCAGACUUUAAAUGAAUUAAAGAAGAAAACACUUAAGACAAUAUGCAUGAAAAGAUCAUCUCUAAAAUCUUUAGGGAAAUUGUCCCCUAUGAAAACAUCCCCCAGAUCUUCCAAAAUAAGCCAGGGUAACCAUCGGAACUCUACAAAGUGCUCCUCUAAAAUCUGUUAUAGAGGGAAGGGAAAACCCAAUGUUAAAAGUAAGACUUCUCAUGAAAACAAGAAGCAAAAGAAGCCAUCUGUAGAUAAUAAUAAACGUUCUGGUGGAGUACUACAUAACAGCCAUUCCACACUGCAUCUUAAAACUACACAGAAGAAUCAAUGUUCUGUGACCAAAUCAAUGAAGGAAAACUCCAAAAAGGAUAGAACUACUGAAAAUGGCAAACUUCUUAGGAGCAGCAGUACUAACAUCAAGAUUCAGAAAUCAAAAAAUUCUUGUCCAAAAAAACCAGCAUUUCAAAGUCCUGAACCAACACCAACUGAAACUGAUGAAAAAGCAUGUGAUUCUCACCAGAGGAAGAUGACUACAAGGUCAGAGGGUGCUAAAUCUAACAGAGGUCCUGUCCCAGCAAGGCAAGAGCAGUUGCGCUUCCAAAAAACUAAAGAGCUUUCUCAGGAGGAGAGGGGACAUGAUUUUCCUGAGUCACAGUAUCCUGCUUUGGAUCAUGAGCCUCAAACUCGAAGAUCACUAAGGUUGCAACAGUCAUUUAAUGUCCCUACAGAAUCUGUGUGUAACAGAAGUAGAAAGAAAGAAUGUAUUUCUCUUACAAAACACUGCCCUCAGAUAAAAAAGCCAGUUCCCCAUAUUAAACAUGAGAAACCAAAACCUGUCCAGCAGAAAACAGAACAACUGUCCAUGAUGAAUGAAGGUAGAAACAAAAGAAAAGAAAUAUUGAAUAUUGAGAAAACAGGUCAUUUGAAAGGAAAAAAACAAGUGGUGGCUCUUACAACAAGUGAUUUGACAACCCCUUACAAUAAGGAUAAGGAAUCAAGAAAUAUUGAUAGUCAUCUUCAAGAGUCAGAGAAGGAACCUGUCAGCCCAAUUUCCUGUUCUCUGACAUCAACCUGCAGUGUAAUAAGUAAAGAAAAGGAGUCGGUGCACAGAAAUGGAAAAAGCAGAGUGAAAGCAAAGAGGGUCUUGCCUGCAUUAGUGACCCCAAAGCCUGUAGAUCACCCAGAAGAGGUGAUGAAGUCCAAAAAGAUUAGCAUUCUUGAGCUUUGUGAGGAAAUUGCAGGUGAGAUUGAGUCAGACACAGUGGAGGUGAAAAGAGAGUCACCUAGCACUGAAUGUGGAAAAGAAGAAGAAAAAGAUAAUGUGGCAGCUGCGGAGUUGCCACAGGCAGUAGUUUCUGCUGAAGAAGGGACUAAUCGGAACUCUCAAUGUAAGCGAUUUUUCCCCAGCAAAAAAGGAGUGCCUAUCAAAUGUACUGUGAAUGGCAGACAUAGCACAGGAAACAAGAACUCUAAAUGGACAAAUAUAAAAUUAAAAAAGGUCAAUCAUGUGAGCCAAAGUAUUUCAAAUUCCUCAAGUACUCCAAAAUCUGUUUUUUUAAAGUGUAGCAUUCCAGAGCAGCAGGAAGUAGGAGCUGCAGAACUGCACCUCCCAGAAGCUGAAAAGAAAUCAAUCCGGUCACAAAACAAUAGUAGCACAGUGUAUGGUCAGAAGUUAAAUGCAACUUCCUUUGAAGGAACCUUGACUAAAGAUAAGACAUCACCUGCUGGACAACCUAUACAGACUACAGAAAAUGGGUUGUUUGAGGGAAAACAUUGUUCUGAACCAACAACAGAUGAGAACUUCAACUUACAUUUGGAGUCAAGUCCAGAAAAUACACCUAUGAAAAUAAUUGCAACACAACCAUCAACAAAGGAACUAAAAAAAGAUGUUGCAGAAGUCAAAUCUCAAGAUCCAACUCCCAAACAAUUGGUUCGGACUCUAUUUCCAGAUAAAACCUCAGGGACAAAUGACAGCAGGGCAUGUCUUUCAUUAACAUCAAAGUGUGGAAACUUCCCUUCUGAAGAACACAUUCAGAAACUAAAAGAAGCAGCAAAAGAUAGUGAUAAGCAGCUAACCAUUGAUGCAGGGCAAAAAAGAUUUGGAGCCAUUUCCUGCAAUGUUUGUGGGAUGUUUUACACUGCUGCAAAUCCCGAGGAUGAAACUCAGCAUCUCCUCUUUCACAACCAGUUUAUAAGUGCUGUAAAAUAUGUGGGUUGGAAGAAAGAAAGAAUUUUGGCUGAGUAUCCGGAUGGCAAGAUAAUAAUGGUACUUCCUGAUGAUCCAAAAUAUGCACUGAGAAAGGUUGAUGAGAUCAGAGAGAUGGUAGAUAACGAUCUGGGAUUUCAGCAAGCUCCUCUCACAUGCUCUAGAACAAAGACUCUUCUGUUUAUUUCUAAUGAUAAAAAAGUAACUGGCUGCUUAAUUGCAGAGCAUAUCCAGUGGGGGUAUAGAGUUAUUGAGGAAAAGAUUCCAGAGGUUAGUACAGAAAAUGAAAAACUCACCUUUGAAAGGCAAAAGGCUUGGUGCUGCUCAACGUCGCCUGAGCCAGCCAUCUGUGGCAUUAGUCGCAUUUGGGUGUUCAACUUAAUGCGACGGAAGAAAAUUGCUUCUCGGAUGUUGGAAUGCCUGAGGAGCAACUUUAUAUAUGGCUCAUAUCUGAGUAAAGAAGAAAUUGCUUUUUCUGAUCCUACUCCUGACGGAAAACUGUUUGCAACACAGUACUUUGGUACUAGUCAGUUCCUGGUAUACAACUUUAUCAGUGGACAACAACCUGCUUGAAGUAAAUACUUUUAUAGCAAAAGGUAAAAAGAAAUUGUUAAAAUCUGUUGGCCAGUUGCAGAUGCUGACCAAGGGAACGGAACACUUAAUAGCAGUAAACUCAGGAGUAGUAACAACCAAAAGGUUGCUGUAUUUUAUUAAAACUGUAAACAGUACAGAAGUAGGGUAAUUUUUUAAAAUAUAUUUUUAUGAAAACUGUAUGUAUUAUCCAUAGUAACUUAGUCAUGUUUACAUGCAGCAUAUAAAAUUGUUCAUAGUGGACUGUCAACUAGUUCAAGAAAUGUGGUCACCUUUUAAGUACCUCUUGAAGUUCACAAAAUAGGUAUAUACCAGAGCAAUGAGAAUUACUCUUGACUGCUUGUAUCUUGUCUUUACUAAGGUAGUGAAAGCACUGCAUGCUCAAUAAUUUAUAGAAACAGCAAUAAAAGAUGGGCUACAACAGCAUGGCAUGUUGUUUCAGUAUAUAUUUGGGAGAUGUUUAAAAAGUAGAGCCUCAGACUAGACUAUGGAGGAAAGAUGCCCCUGAUACCUUCAACAAUAGCAUACUGGAUAUAUACCUUCAUUUGUGGACUUCACUAUGAUACUUAAAACAUAAAUCUCUCCAGUUUCAGAGAGGGCAUAUGUUGAUAAAAUGCUGUGGCCUUUCUUGACCUGUAUAAAAUUGUAGAUUAAAACUAAAGUAUUUGAUAAUUUUUAAAUAAUGUACUAAUAAAUGCAUUUAAGCAGUUCCUUUGAUAUGGUUGAAUAUUAAAAACUAAUUG